AUGUAUUCUUUUGCCGAUGGAUCGCUGGGCUUGGGAACAGCUCUCUUUCACCAGCACUACGAAGACGAUCCAAACAAUUUUGGCCUCUGUGUGGCCGAUCUGAGUUGGCUUUCCGAGUCGGUGAGUGCUGCUUCUGAGUUGAAAUUACAGGUAGAGCAUGCACAGCACCUUUCACCUGGAGCACACCUCAAAUUUGGGAAGUUCUCCAUAUCUGUGUCGAUGCAACCAGAGAAACUUCUAGAUGAUGCUUACUACGCCAUGAAGAAACUUGGUGAGAAGCACUCACGCAGAUCUUAUAACCUCCGGUCCCUCGUCGGAAACGGUAGUGUGGUUGCUCUAGGAUCCAACUGGCCUGUAAGCCUGUCAAAUACUUUUUCUUCGGCAUUACGUGAAUGUCCUUGUUUUUGGAUUCACACGUACACAUCCUCGGCUGUGUAUGCAGCUGCAUUGGAGGAUUUGGUUGGGUCGCUGAUGCCAGGAAAGUUUGCCGACUUUGUGGUGUUGCCCGAGUCUCCUUUUGGACAGGGCACGGGCAUUUUUCCUCGAGUGGUUACGUUCGUUGGUGGAAAUAUUGCCUUCCUUUCUUAA